UGCUGUGACCAGAUGAAUAAAUUAGCAGCGUGGCGUGACAAUCUUGAGAGUUCGCACGGUUAAUGCGCAUGCGCAAUUGGCGAUAAGGAGCACUUGGUGUGAAUAAGUUGGGAGAAAUCACAUAGUGCUCAAACUCAGUGAUGAAACAUGACAGAGGAAGGUGACCGAGCCAGAGAAGGCCAUUCACACAGCAAGAAGAGAUCAGCUGAGACAGGUGACCCCAGGGUUAGGAAGAAAGCAAAAUCAGGAUCCAAGGAAAAACAUGAAGUAGAUGGAAAGCACCACAGAUCAUCUGCAAAGAACUCGCAUUCGGGAUCUGGACGCAAGCCUCUGCAGGAGUCUAAGAUCACAAGCUCUAAAAAAUUGAAGUCUGAUGCUGGGACCAGUGGAUCUGAAGCUGAGGCCAUUAAGUUGGAUUCAUAUGAAGACUUGGAAAAGAGAGUGGAUGGAAACAAUAACUUGGAGAAAAUAAUGCGACCACAAGGAACAGAAAAUGAAGGAUGUGAAUUAGAUUUUUUACCUGUGGAAGCUAAGAAUUGCAAGUUGAGCAAUAACGGCAAUCAAAGCAGCCACAGUCACAAGGAUCGCCACAAGAUUACAGACGACAAAGAUCUUAAACCCCAAGGAAGCAGAUCAGAAAAGGAUUGGAAAAAGAAAGACAGUAACGGUUCGACUGAUGUUAACUGUAAUAAAAUUCAUGCAAAAGUGAAGCAGACUGAUAACAGCCACACAUCUCCGACAGCUUUAAAAGAAGACGACGUUGGAGUGCAAAUCUAUGAUCCCAUCUCUGGCUGUACACAAGCCUGUGUGCCUGAUGAGAAUGAUCUAGAGGUGAGAAAAGAGAAAUCCAAGGCUGAAAAGAAGAGGGACAAAGAGUGCACUGUCAAUACUACAAAAGAUAAAACACAAGGCCAGAAGAAAAAAAGGAGCUCUCACAGCACAGAACAUAAUGAACCAAAGAAAAAUAAAAAGCCCAAGAGGGAAGAGAAGGGCAAGAAAGACCAUAAAGAAAAAGAAGCAAAAAAAGCUGAAGAUGAAGCUGGUAAAUGGAAAUGGUGGGAGGAAGGGAAGCAUGCUGAUGGUCAGAAAUGGAAAAGUCUUGAGCAUAAAGGGCCUCUCUUCCCACCAGAAUAUGAACCUUUACCAAGCAAUGUGCCAUUUUUAUAUGAUGGAAAACCUUUGCAGCUUAGCCUGGUUGCUGAAGAAGUAGCAACUUUCUAUGCCAAGAUGCUGGAUCAUGAGUACACCGCCAAGGAGACUUUUCAAUCUAAUUUCUUCACUGACUGGAGGGAGGUAAUGACAGAAGAUGAGAGGAAACAAAUCAAGAAGCUGUCCAAGUGUGACUUCGGCAAAAUACAUCAAUACUUUUUGGAAAAGGCAGAAGAGAAGAAGAACAUGACCAAAGAAGAAAAACAGGUUUUAAAGGAGGAAGCCAAUAAACUAACAGAGGAGUAUGGCUACUGUCUGCUGGAUGGACAUAAGGAGAAAAUAGGAAAUUUUCGUCUGGAGCCUCCAGGGCUGUUUAGAGGACGAGGAGAGCACCCUAAAAUGGGCAAACUGAAGAAACGUGUCCAGCCUGAAGAUGUGAUUAUUAACUGCAGUCAAGACGUGAAGGUCCCAGAGCCACCUGCAGGCCAUCGGUGGAAGAGAGUUCAGCAUGAUAAUGCGGUCACAUGGCUAGCAUCCUGGGUGGAGAACAUCCAUGGACACAUCAAGUACAUCAUGCUCAACCCCAGCUCCAAACUGAAGGGUGAGAAGGACUGGCAGAAGUAUGAAACUGCCCGUAAGCUGAAACUGAGAGUGGAUGCUAUCAGGCGUGAGUACCGACUGGCCUGGACUGCUCGAGAGAUGAAACAGAGACAACGAGGUGUCGCUUUAUACUUCAUUGACAAGCUAGCUCUGAGGGCUGGUAAUGAGAAGGACGAUGAUACUGCAGACACGGUAGGUUGCUGCUCUCUGCGUGUAGAGCACAUUACCCUCCACGAGCAUCAGGAUGGUCAGGACUACGUAGUGGAGUUUGAUUUCCUGGGCAAGGACUCUAUUCGCUACUACAACAAAGUGCCUGUUGAAAAAAAAGUUUUCAAAAACUUGAAACUUUUUAUGGAAAACAAGAAUCCAGAAGAUGACUUGUUCGACAGAAUUUCUGUAAGCCUCGUGCUUCACUUUUGUUUCAUGUCCACCUCAUUGCAGACCGUCUACCUCAAUAAAAAGCUGAACGAAGCAAUGCCUGGACUGACAGCCAAAGUGUUUCGAACUUUCAAUGCUUCCACCACUCUGCAGGAACAGCUGGAUAAACUCACCACAGACAAUAUGACCGUGGAAGAAAAGCUACUGGCAUAUAACCGAGCAAACAGGGCUGUGGCUAUACUUUGUAACCACCAGAGGGCAGCACCCAAAACAUUUGAGAAGUCCAUGCUGGCUCUUCAGGAGAAGAUCAAAAAGAAAAAGGAGGAAGUGGAGAAAGCUAAAAUGGAACUAAAGCAAGCAAAGAAAGAUCACAGGGAGCAACCGUCGGAGAAGUCAAAGAAGCUGGUGGAGAAAAAGGAAAAAGCUUUGAAGAGACUUUCAGAACAGUUAAAGAAGCUCAAGCUGCAGGAGACGGACCGAGAGGAGAACAAGGUCAUCGCUCUGGGCACUUCUAAGCUCAACUACCUCGACCCCCGCAUCACUGUGGCCUGGUGUAAGAAGAACGGCGUUCCUGUGGAGAAGAUCUACAACAAGACUCACAGGGCGAAGUUUGCCUGGGCAAUUGACAUGGCUGAUGAAAACUUCCAGUUCUAACACUUUUUGUUUCUUUGUUCAUUUGUUUUUCCUUCUCAUUUCCAGUCUUUCAUUUUCUUUUCCUUUUUUUUUUUGACCAUAUUGAAUAGCUACUAUUCAUUUUUCUGUGAUGCGUCUUCUUUUUUGACAGCCUUGGUUAAAAAGACUCUUGUGAGAUGUCUCUUGCGGAUUUAUUUGUGUAGUAAAAUGUGAAUACAAAGCUGAAGGUCAUACUUUGGUUUCUUUGCUUCUGAAUGAAAAGGUGUGUGGCUCAUGGAUCCUCUAUUUUCAGCAGCGCAGAGAGGCUAUUUGUGAGGAGGGGAAAAAACAAACCUUGCCCUACAGUAACACUGACAACAUUUGUGCUUAAAAGCUGUCCAAACAUUGGAAUACAACACCAAGCCUUUUAAAUGGUUUGCAAAGAAAAUGUUUCCAAGUAUAGACAAGCUUGCAAGCACAAGUUCAGUAUAUUCCUCUGCUUAGACUAGAAGCAAUAAUAGCAUUUUAGAUGUGAGUGGUAAGGGGAUGUAAGCUGAAAUUAUUCCUUUUAUUAUGCAAACUGUAACACAUAUAGUGACUACAGAUUGAGUGUCAGGUUCACAUGUAUAAUCUGUGUGAUGUCCGUAAUCGUUGCAGUGUAAGUCUCAGACAAAUCCUGCCUUUUCAUAUGUCCCAUGAUUUAUUCAACAGGGUGUCCAAUAUUGGACAUGGGGAGAACAAAUGUUCAACAAAUGUCAAUCUGAAUAUGUUGAGCAAAAUCUGCCAAAACAUGACACAGUGGCUGCAUAGGGAUUAAGGUGAAUGUGUAGAACAUGUUAUAAAUAAUAAAUAUCAUUGGUUCCUGACUCACACACACUGUAUAUGACCAUUAAUUAUUGAAAGCACUGAAUGAAAAUAUUUAAUUUAAAAAGGAAAACGAAUAAUAAAAAUAUCAAUCAGGGAUUUUUUUAGGUGUCGAAACUAAAUAAAGCAGUGUUAACAGUUAAUGAUUGUGAUUAUAGUUAUCUUUCUGCCCUUAUUGCAAAUAAUUAGAAAACUCGGGUUAA